ACCGAGGUUGGGGCGGGGCCGGGCCGGGGUCCGGGGUCGGAUCGCGACUGAAGCCAAGGUUGGGCCGGAGCCGGGACCGAGUUCCCGUCCACCCAGAGCCCGCGCCGACCCCCGGAGCCUCCCGAAAGCCCGCCGCGCAGGAUGGGCGCCCUCCGUCCCUCGCCGCGGCUGCCGCCGCCGCUGCUGCUGCUAAUGCUGGGAGUGCAGUGCCUCGCCCGGGAGGUGCUGGUCCCCAAGGGGCCGCUGUACCGAGUGGCCGGCACGGCCGUCUCCAUCUCCUGCAACGUGAGCAGCUACGACGGCCCCGCCCAGCAGGACUUCGAGUGGUUCUUCUACCGGCCCGAGGUCCCCGAGGCGGCGCUGGGCAUCGUCAGUACCAAGGACCCCCGGUUCUCAUACGCGGUCUUCGGGCCCCGCGUGGCGGCCGGCGAGGUGCAGGUGCAGCGUCUGCAGGGGGACGCCGUGGUGCUCCGGAUCACCCGCCUCCAGGCCCAGGACGCGGGCAUUUACGAGUGCUACACCCCGUCCACCGAUGCCCGCUACCUGGGCAGCUACAGUGGCAAGGUGGAGCUGAGAGUUCUUCCAGAUGCCCUGCAGGUGUCUGCUGCCCCCCCAGGGCCUCGAGGCCGUCAGGCCCCAAUUUCACCUCCUCGCCUGACCGUGCACGAGGGGCAGGAGCUGGCGCUGGGCUGCCUGGCACAGACGAGCACGCAGGAGCACACGCACCUGGCCGUGUCCUUCGGGAAAGCGGUGCCCGAGGCACCAGUGGGGCGAGCAACUCUGCAGGAAGUGGUGGGGCUCCGGCCGGACUUGGCCGUGGAGGCCGGGGCUCCCUAUGCCCAGCGGCUGGCCACCGGGGAGCUGCGGCUGGCCAAGGAGGGGGCUGAGCAGUACCGCAUGGUGCUGGGGGGUGCCCAGGCAGAGGACGCGGGCACCUACCACUGCACAGCGGCCGAGUGGAUUCAGGACCCCGACGGCAGCUGGGCCCAGAUCGCCGAGAAGAGAGCGGUCCUGGCCCACGUGGACGUGCAGACGCUGUCCAGCCAGCUGGCGGUGGCUGUAGGGCCCGGGGAACGUCGGAUCGGCCCAGGGGAGCCCUUGGAACUGCUGUGCAACGUGUCAGGGGCCCUGCCUCCGCCAGGCCGCCACGCUGCGUACUCUGUGGGCUGGGAGAUGGCACCCGCGGGGGCACCGGGGCCUGGCCGCCUGGUAGCCCAGCUGGACACAGAGGGCGUGGGCAGCCUGGGCCCGGGCUACGAGGGCCGGCACAUUGCCAUGGAGAAGGUGGCGUCCAGAACCUACCGCCUGCGGCUGGAGGCCGCCAGGCCGGGGGAUGCGGGUACCUACCGCUGCCUCGCCAAGGCCUACGUCCGAGGGUCUGGGGCUCGGCUUCGAGAAGCAGCCAGUGCCCGCUCCCGGCCGCUCCCCGUGCACGUACGGGAAGAAGGGGUGGUGCUGGAGGCCGUGGCGUGGCUGGCAGGGGGCACCGUGUACCGCGGCGAGACGGCUUCCCUGCUCUGCAACAUCUCAGUGCGGGGCGGCCCCCCAGGGCUGCGGCUGGCGGCCAGCUGGUGGGUGGAGCGACCCGAGGCCGGGGAGCUGAGCCCUGGCCCUGCCCAGCUGGUGGGCGGCGUGGGCCAGGACGGUGUGGCGGAGCUGGGCGUCCGGCCCGGAGGAGGCCCGGUCAGCGUGGAGCUGGUGGGGCCCCGGAGCCAUCGGCUGCGCCUGCAUGGCCUGGGGCCCGAGGAUGAAGGCGUGUACCACUGUGCCCCCAGCGCCUGGGUGCAGCAUGCCGACUACAGCUGGUACCAGGCCGGCAGUGCCCGCUCGGGGCCCGUCACGGUGUACCCCUACACGCAUGCCCUGGACACCCUGUUUGUACCCCUGCUGGUGGGUGCCGGGGUCGCCCUCGUCAUCGGCGCCACCGUCCUUGGCACCAUCACCUGCUGCUUCAUGAAGAGGCUGCGAAAACGGUGAUCCCUCGCUCCCCAGUUCUCACAGGUGUCGACUGUCUUCCAGCUCCAAGACCACCGCUGGUUGCCUGGCUACCCGUCUCCCUCUGCCCCCUUCCUCUAAUUUAUUCGAUGUCCCCCACCCAGAGUGGGGCACACGGCCCGAUCCCCCACUCCUCCCUCUGGGCUUCUGUUCUCCCUCUCAUGUCCAGCCCAUAGAAAGGCCAUUCCCUGUCCCAGAAUUAGUUUUUCUAAAAUGUGAAUAAACUUAUUUUAUAAAACUCA